AUGGAUGGGGAAGAAGUUUUGGAUGGAGAAGAAAAUGAAGUUAAGGAAGCAGAAGAAGUUAAGGAGGAUGGAGAAGAAGUUAGGGAAGGAGAAAAAGUUAAGAAUGAAGAACAAGUUAGGGAAGGAGAAGAAGUUAAGGAUGGAGAACAAGUUAGGGAAGGAGAAGAAGAAGUUAAGGAUGGAGAAGUAGUUUGGGAUGGGGAAGAAGUGAAGGAAGGAGAAGCAGAAGAAGUUUUGGAUGGAGAAGAAGUUAAGGGUAAAGAAGAAAGUAUGGAUGGGGAAGAAGUUUGGGAUGGAGAAGAAGUUUGGGAUGGAGGAGAAGUUUGGAAUGGAGGAGAAGAACCGAAGUAUGGAGAAGAAGUUAAGGAAGAAGAAGUUUAG